UACAAUACAACACAAGGUCACAAGCACCCAAGGGUUGGAACGCAAUGGCGAAGUUCACCGCACGCCGGAGCAAGCCCGAGCUGGUGGCGCCGGCACGGCCAACGCCGCGCGAGACCAAAGCCCUCUCCGACAUUGACGACUGUUACGACCUACGAGUCUACUCUUGUGGGAUCGGGUUCUUCCGCUGCCGGCCAGGCGGCCAUCCAACGACAACGCCGGCAAAGGCCAUCAAGGCGGCGCUCGCGGAGGCUCUUGUGUACUACUACCCUAUCGCCGGUCGGUUGAGAGAGGUUUUCCAGACAAAAAAGCUGGUGGUGGACUGCACCGGAGAGGGAGUGGUGUUUGUGGAAGCAUCGGCCGAUGUGGGGUUGGAAGAGUUUGGAAAUCCAGCACCGCGCCCCCCAUACCCAUGCAUCGAGGAACUAUUAUGUGACGCUGGCGAUACGAAAGUCGUGGUUGACAAGCCCUUGUUCUUUGUCCAAGUAUGA